AUGUCUGACAAUAACUGCACUGCUGUGACUGAAUUCAUUAUUUUGGGGUUAACAGAUGAUUCAACCCUUUGUGUCAUCCUCUUUGUCAUAUUUUUGGGUGUCUAUACAGUCACCUUAGUUGGUAACCUUUGUAUAAUCACAUUAAUCAGAAUUAGCUCCCAACUUCACACACCAAUGUACAUGUUCCUCAGCCACUUGGCAUUUGUAGAUAUUGGAUAUUCCUCAUCCGUCACACCUGUUAUGCUCAAGAACUUCCUUGUGGACAAAACUAUAAUCCCUGUGGAAGGCUGUAUGGCCCAAGCGUUUUUUGGAGUCACCUUUGGGACAGCUGAGUGCUUCCUGCUGGCUGUGAUGGCCUAUGAUCGGUAUGUGGCCAUCUGUAACCCCCUACUCUACUCAAUCAAUAUGUCUCCUAGGGUCUGCACUCUGUUAAUCAUCACUUCUUAUGCAGGUGGUUCUUUCAAUGCUUGGAUGUUCAUUGGUUGCUUACUGAACCUGUCCUUCUGUGGAUCCAAUAAGAUCAAUCACUUUUUCUGUGAUUAUUCACCACUUUUGAAACUUUCUAACCACCAAGAUGAUCUUGCUGAAAUUCUUCCUGCUAUCUCUUCUGGGUCAAUAAUUUUGAUCACAGUGAUAAUUAUCAUAAUCUCAUAUGUAUACAUCCUUUUCUCUGUCCUGAAGAUAAGCUCCAAUGAGGGGAGAUCUAAAGCUUUCUCAACUUGCUCCUCCCACCUCACGACAGUCACCCUCUUCUAUGGCACCCUUACAUUAAUUUAUGUGAUGCCUAAGUCCAGCUACUCAACAGAUCAGAAUAAAGUGGUGUCUAUUUUCUACAUUGUAAUGAUCCCCAUGUUGAACCCGCUGAUCUACAGUCUAAGGAACAAUGAAGUGAAAGGGGCCCUGAGGAAACUGAUGAGUAGGAAACUUCCUUUUUCUUGA